AUGAAAAAUACUUUUGCUCUAGCAUUACUACUCUUAAUCACCUUUGAAGUUUCUUGCUUAUCAGUUUCCACUACUGAAGAGAAGCCAUCUUUUAAAUUAUCUUUUCCAAAGACAACAAAUUCAAGCACCACUUUCUAUAUGGAUUUUUCCAAUACUUUCGAGUAUUAUGCUGUCGAAUUGAACCAAACAUCCCCAGGGAAUGCUGAGAUUGUUUUUUUGUAUAUGGAGUCAAAGCCUCCUUCUGUACAAGAUGGAGAACUGAUCUAUGAUGAUAUGGACUACGAUAGCUAUGCUUAGAAAAAGAGUGAACACUUUUUAUUGGUCUCAAAUCCACUCGAAAAAAUUUACUUUACUAUAUUCACUAAUAUUUCAAUCUCUUAUGAUAUAAUUGUCUCGGGAUCUCAUGAAAAACUAUGUCCAAAAGGAUGUAAUUAGAAUGGAUAAUGUAUAAAUGGUGAAUGCAAGUGCAACAAGCCUUUUAUUGGAAGGGAUUGUUCAGUUCUAGCUAUUGAAAUUGAAAAAGACAAAAUGUUUGGAAUUGGUGCACCAGAAGAAUAAUUCUACUUCUUUUAUGAAUAGGAUGGAUCUCAGCAACUAAGAUUAGAAAUAUCAACUGAAUAACUUGAUUCAGUAUACGUUUAUCUUCUUGUUCCUGAUCUUAUUUACAUACCUACUCCUUCGGUUUAUAAUCAAGGAGCAAACAUAACAAUUGGAUAGCCAUUUUCAGUGAUGAUAAAUUAGAGAAAUAGUAGAAGAGAUGAUGAUGAUGGAGAAGACAGUAUUCCAGACAAGUUAGUUCUUCUUGUUUAAGGAAAGUCAUUUGAGAUAAAUUUGGAAACCAUCUCAGAUGACAGAUCAAAAAAAAGCAGACUAAUCAUAAUCAUCGUUUGUAGCAUUGCAGGAUCUCUAUUGUUAUGCUCAAUUGGAUUUUGUUCAAGAAGAGCUUUUUUAAAAAGAUAAAGGGAAAAGUAGACUCCUGCAACACCCAAUAUCGAUUUGGAAAUUAAAGAGAAAGAAUUAGAAAUCCCAGCCUAUCAAGAGUAAACCCAAAAACUGUAUAAUGAUGCACUUGAAAUUAUAUCUAAUAAGGAUCUCCAAGAUGGAUAAGAUAACUGCGGAAUUUGUUUGGAAUCAUUGAAAACAGCUAAAGUGAUCUGUAAAAUUCAAUGCAGUCACGUGUUUCAUGGUAGUUGUAUAGAAACAUGGCUUAAAAAAAAUUCAUAUUGCCCUUUUUGUAGAUUUGACCUAAAAAUUAAAGCAAUCAAAGAGAAUAAUGAUGAGGAAUUAAUUCCAGAGCUAUGA